UCGUCUUCCGCUGCUAGAUAUGCCUUCUUAUCUCAGGGGAUUCCUGAUCAAAUCCAGCCAUCUACAGCUCAACGAAGUUUUGUGGAUAAUCUCUUCGGUCCCCCUUUAUCUUGGAGAACAUUUACGCCAGUCAAAGAUUCCUCUUGACAGGCUUUUAACUGAAAAAAGCUUCCUCUGAGACAGAGCUCCCUCAGAGACAGCCACCAGCCAGCACUCCUUCCGGGAAGUCCUGACGUCAGCCCUUUUAAUGGAACUGGAGCCUGAGGAAUUGGAACUAACUGAAUUAUAUUCCCAUCUACCAGAGAUUGAAAGAUCAAUGAUUAUUGAUAAAUUACAUCAUUUAAUACACCGUCUGGAAGCCGUGAAACCAGCAACGAUUCAGACUAAAGGACAUUGUAUCAGCAAUCUCAAUGUGGGCCCGCCUCUAAAGCAGCACAAGCCCAAUAUAGUUUCCUCUAAGGUCCCAAACUCCAGCCAACUAAACAAGCCACUCCAGGGAGGUGAGGAUUGGAUAAAGUCAAGAUUUCUGGAUCCUGGGGAAAUGGCCUCUCCGCAACGGCAACAAUCCAUCCAUCAGCCGGAUAAAUAUCUGCGGAGAAGAAAAGGCGCACAUGAAAUAGAACCCAAGACUGAUCUUACCCGCUGGCGAUUAAGCACCGUGGAAGGACGGCAGGGAUGGUACUACGUGGCAGACAAUGAAGAAUGUGCCCGUGAACAGAAUGCAAUCGAGGCUUACACUUUAGGGUUGGACACUAGUAAAUUCUUUCCAGACGUACCCAAAGCCAGCACAGCCCAGGAAGCACUAUGGAAAGCGAUUCCAUUCUUCUCUGGCCUGCAAGCUGAAGAUGGCCACUGGCCCAUGGAGUGCUCUGGGGUCCUCUCCCUUGCACCAGGUCUUUUAUUUGCAUGUUAUGGUGCCAAGAUCUUACUGCCAGAAGAAGUCAAGAAAGAGUUGCUGCGUUAUAUACUCUCGAAACAGCUUCCAGAUGGUGGCUGGGGUCUCCAUCUUAAGGAACAGUCAACAGUAGUUGGCACAGCCUUCAAUUAUAUAGCUAUGAGAAUCCUUGGACUUGGACCUGACCAUCCAGAUGUAGUGCGGGCUCGGAUAAAUCUCCAUAAGAAAGGUGGUGCUCUUGGAAUUCCGCAUUUGGGUAAAGUUUGGCUGGCUGUUAUGAAUUUGUACAGCUGGGAGGGAAUGAAUUCACCAUUUCCAGAGUUGUGGCUCCUCUCUACAUGGAUACCAGGCCAUCCCUCCACUUUCUGGUGUCACACCCGCCAUAUCACUCUUGUGAUGUGCUACUGCUAUGCCACCCGCCUGACUGUGGAAGAAGAUGAAUUGAUCCAGAGUCUAAGGCAGGAAAUUUAUGUGGAGGACUUCUCUAGCAUUGAUUGGCCAGCCCAUAGGAACAAUGUUGCCGAAACCGAUUUGCAAGCUCCACACAGCUGGAUGCUGGAUGCUGCUUAUGCAACAUUCAAUUGGUAUGAGAGAUACCAUUUUACCAGUCUCAGAAAGAAAGCCAUAGCAGAAAUGCAAGAACAAAUCAAGGCUGAUGACAUAUUCUCAAACUACACCAAUUCUAGCCCGAUCUGUAAAUCAUUUCAUGUGAUAAUAUGCUGGUAUGUUGACGGAGCCAAUUCUCCAGCCCUUCAAGAGCAUAUCUCCAGAAUCUAUGACUACCUUUGGCUUGGACAAGAUGGUAUGCUAAUGAAGGUCAUGGGAUCGCAGACCUGGGACGCAUCAUUCACUGUUCAAGGUUUCUUGGAGGCUGGGGUUCAGAACAAUCCUGACUAUGAAUCCUGUCUGAAAAAAGCCCACGUAUACUUGAAAGCCUCUCAGAUUGUAGAUAAUCCACCCAACUACCAGAGAUAUUAUCGGCAGAUGAACAAGGGCGGAUUCCCCUUCAGCUAUCGAGAGAAUGAUUGGAUAGUCAGUGACUGUACUGCUGAGGCAAUGAGGGUACUGAUGCUGCUGGAGGAAAAAUGCCCCUUCAUAGAAGAUCAUGUGGCACCUCAGCGCCUCUUUGAUGCUGUCAAUGUGAUGCUGAACAUGAGGAAUUCCAAUGGUGGUUUUUCUUCUUAUGAAACCAGGCGGGGUAGCUGGCUACCGGAGAUAAUGAACUCCUCAGAGUCAUAUGCUGACUGUAUGGUAGACCACACCUAUACAGAAUGUACUUCAUCAGUAAUGCAGGCAUUGAGACAUUUUGAGAAAAGAUUCCCACACCACCGGGUGGAUGAAAUCAGUGACACUCUCAUUAAGGGUUUGCAGUAUUGUCGUGAUAUGCAGAAAGCUGAUGGCUCCUGGUUAGGGAAUUGGGGUGUAUGUUUCACAUACGGCACUUGGUUUGCACUAGAAGCAUUUGCGUGUAUGGGAUACAUUUACCAUCAUGGGGUGGCAUGCAAGGAAGUGACCAAGGGCUGUGAGUUCUUGGUCUCCAAGCAAAUGAAAGAUGGUGGCUGGGGAGAGGAAUUUGAAUCCUACAAGUUAUGCAAAUAUAUUCAGCACACAGUAUCCCAGAUCCACCACACUGCCUGGGCUCUGUUGGGGCUGAUGGCUGUUGGGGUGACAUUGCUACAGUAUUCUGCAAAGCUGGUACUCUCCACUACAGUGGCUACCGAAUCAUCUUCCCUAUUUUUGCACUUGCCCGCUUUACCCGCCUUUAUCCUAGUAGCCUUGUCACUAAAGACCUUCUGAACAAUGGAUCUGUACAUUCGGAGCAGGGUCAGACUAGAGGAUGCUGAGCAGAUAGAGAUGCAUUGUCAUUCCUGAGAGCUUGUACUUCCACCUUCUCAACAUCACACAGUGCUUUACUUUCUUGGUUGUUUAUCUCUCUGCAGUAUAUGCUGUUUAUUUUUUAUUUUUAAAAAAUACAAUGUUAAUUAACUUGAAACAUUUAUUUUGUGCAAACAUCUUUAAUUCAUCUUACUUAUUCUCAUAACCUUCCUGUGAGAUUGGCAAGGUGGGGAGGGUGUUGGCAAUGAAGCUGGGAGAUAAUGCCUUUUCUUUGCCAGGCUAACUGAUCUAACAGCAUUUGUGGCUGGGAAUAGCUUAAACCAUCACAUGAGCUAUUGCCCACUCAUGAACCACAAGGGUCAUGUGUGGACUGAGCAGGUGAGGGAACUAUCUGCUGAACACUUGUGAGUUUGCUAUUCGGUCAGUCCCAUAACAUAUCCACUACUUAAAUAUAAUUCAUAGAUCUUAGAAUGAAUAGCUUCAGUCUGUAGCUGGUUUACUAUUUGGUGUCUUCCAAGUGGAGCCUGCGCAUCUCCCAAAAGCACCACAGCGGAAUAUAACAGGUGGAAUCUAACAAGUAUGUUUUAGUCUCCCUUUCAUUUGUUGGUAAAUUUCUUUUUGUUCUAUAUGUUCUUUUUGUUCUAUAUAUGACUGUAUUUGAUUAUGAAUAUGACUGUAUUGUGAACUUAUCUGGUGAUUUAAUUAUUUGCUCUAGAAAUGUGUAUCAUUAAUAAAAUAUGACCAACCAAC